GAAGCUGCUGCUGUGACUGCAUCCUGCGUCGAUUUCCUGCUUCGCGAUGCCGUCUCAACGCGUCUUCGCCCUGCCAAGGCAGCAAUCGCUGCUCCUGCCUGCCGUCAUUAACCCAUUUGUGCAGGACACCGAACUCUCCAAGGCCACCAUAAUCAAAUGUAUCCUCCAGGGAAUUUUCCUGGUGCCUCUUCGAGCCAUCCUUAUCUCGUUGGUCCUCAUGGUAACCUGGCCAGUGGCUGUCAUCAUCACCUUCAAACAUCCUCUCAAAGGAGCCGUGGCGCCAAUGACAGGAUGGAGAAGGCUCAUGUGUCAGAGUGUGAUGGCUGCCCUGGGGAGAGCCUACUACUUCUGCAUGGGCUUCCGGGUGGUGGUCAAGGGCAAACAGGUGGGCAGUGGCGAGGCCCCCAUCCUGGCCGUGGCCCCCCACUCCACCUUCUUUGACGGCAUUGUGUGCAUCGUGGCGGGCCUGCCCUCCACUGUGUCCCGUGUGGAGAACCUGGCCACGCCCAUAUUUGGCAGGUUUGUUCGCUGCCUCCAGCCAGUACUGGUGUCCAGAAAAGACCCCGACUCAAGGAAGAACACUAUCCAAGAGAUUGUUGGCAGAGCCAAGUCAGGAGGCCGCUGGCCACAGGUUUUGAUAUUUCCUGAGGGGACGUGUACAAACCGCUCUUGUCUCAUCACAUUCAAGCAAGGUGCCUUUAUUCCAGGCGUACCUGUGCAGCCCGUGAUUCUGAGAUACCCGAAUAAAAUAGACACGGUAACAUGGACUUGGCAAGGUUUUAGUUCGAGGACCCUGCUACUGCUAACGCUGUGUCAGCUCUACACCACAGUGGAGAUUGAGUUUCUGCCGCCUCACAUCCCCACAGAGGAGGAGAAGAAAAGUCCCGCUUUGCUUGCCAGCAAAGUGAGAGACAUCAUGGCCAAGGCCUUGGGUGUUCCCGUGACGGACCACACGUAUGAAGACUGCCGGCUGAUGAUCUCUGCCGGCGAGUUGACGCUGCCGAUGGAAGCCGGCCUGGUUGAAUUCACCAAAAUCAGUCGCAAGCUCAAUAUCAAAUGGGACAAUGUGAGGAAGGAGUUGGACGGUUUCGCGGCCAUGGCCACUUCCUGUAAAGGCGGACGUAUCAGCAUCAAGGAGUUUGCCAGCUUCCUGAAGCUCCCCGUCAAUCCUGCCCUGGAGGAACUCUUUACGCUCUUUGACCGGAAUGGCGAUGGCACCAUAGAUUUCAGAGAGUACGUCAUCGGCGUGACCAUCUUGUGUCGACCUGCUAACACAGAAGAAGUGCUGCGUCUGGCUUUCCGGCUGUUUGACACCGACGAAGAUGAGAAAAUCACCCGUGAGGAGUUCACAGCACUGCUGCGCUCCGCUCUGGGAGUCUCCGAUCUCAACAUGGUUAAACUUUUCAAGGAAAUUGACGCUGACGGCUCUGGUUUUAUCACCUUCAGUGAGUUUCAAGCCUUUGCCACAACACACCCAGAGUACGCCAAGCUCUUCACCACCUAUCUGGAGCUACAGAGGUAUCAGGCCAUCCAGGAAGCAACGCCCGGGGAUCUGGAGCUCAGUGGUUCUGGGGAGAAUCAGGAAGACAGCACCUCAGACAAAAAGGAUGACUAACCCCAUACGCUUUCCUCUCACUCCCGUUUAGCCAUCACAACCAUGUUGUAGGACAGGUCAUGUUGCUUGCCUUUUUUAUUGACAUUUUAAAAAUGUAUUUCUUUUGAGGCUGAGUCGUGCCUUAUGGGGCAGGCACUAAUUCUGUGGAUUUUGGUGCACCUGUCAUAGUUGCGGUUUGGUCACACAACACUUUUUUUUGUAUUUCUUUUGUGUGUACCUUGUUGAAUUUCUUCAGGCACAUACAUGACGGACGGAUAUUAUGUUACGGUACUUUACUUUCAGAAAUGACGCCUGGCAAUGGCCACUUGGCAACAUGAAAGUUAGUAGAGAUCUGUUUCUAUUGUGACAGUAAAAAAAAGGCAAGAACUUCUGACCGGAAAGACAUAGGAAGUCAACCCAUUCUGGUUUGAAGUGGUGUCGUGUGUCAUGGUGGCCAUUUUUGAUCGACGAUCUCUUCCCACCAAUUCGAUUGGUGCCAAAAUUGAGCUUUUUUUUUUUUUUUUUUUUAAUUCAGCUUCUAAGGCAGCUUUACUUAUCCACAGGAAAUUUGACACAUAACCCGCUUGAUAAUGGAGUUUUUGUACGGCAUUUGAGCAACAUCAUUUUCCCCAAAAAUUGGUUUAAUGCAACUAGAAUCAUUGAGGAAGUGAUGUAAAUAUAGAUGCAAAUUUGAUUUUAAUUUCGCAAAACAUUGCACUGAAAGGGGUGGGGGUCUUUUUGCGAACAAUUGCAUAUGUUGUAUCACAAGAAAUACAUAGUAAAUAAUUACAUAUAUAAAAUAAAAAGUCAAAUGAUUUCAUAUGUGCGGUAGCCGUGUUCAUCCCCAAAAGAAAAAUAAACAUUCCGUUUUCGGUGUUUUUAAACUACUAAUUCAUGUGCUUGGACUUGCUGUGUGCAUUAUAUCUUGUGUGCUUUCCACCUCAUGUGACUUUCUUUGAGUUUACCAUGCUAACACCUUCAUUUGUUCCACAUAGAGGCAAAGGGUUUCAGUGUGCCGGUGUAAUUAGUGUACAGUCCGCUUUAUUAGGAUUCCAAGCAAGCAGAUGUUGUCGGCGUUAUGUGUGUACUCAGGGACAUGGACCUUUGUCAGACAGCUGUAUAAUUAGCCAGAACUUUUGCUUUGCAUGUUCUAUCUAUUUGCAUCCCAACUCGACAUGCUGAGACAGCACGAAAGUCAACUCCAGCGCAAAUAAAAUAGGGCAAUUUGUGAGCAAAAAGCCAAACAGUGUAUUCCAGAGGGCGUUCACACAAACAAGCAGUUUUGUUUGUUGUUUUGUCGACUCUGCAAAAUUUGAAAGUAAAACAAGAAGACAUAUGUUUAAUUAAUAUUGUUUUGCACUGAAACAAAAACGUGUUUAUUUUAUGAUGAGGCACUCCGACCGAAUGGGCCACCGCUGUGUCAUUCACUUAGCCACCACAUGGGGGCAGCAAUCUUGUGGAAAUGUUUUUACAGUACAGUACCUUCAAAAGUGGUAACACCCCCCCCCCCCUCACCCCCACCCAUGCGGCAUGUUCGUACUGUACUCUGAACGACAACAUUUCAAUGAACUUUAUUCCAUAAACGUUACUACAAAUGUUUACAUAGUGAACACAAGAAAAUUGGCAAUUGUGAGUGUUGUUGUGAUUGAACUAAAAAUAAAAACGCCAACCAUGUGUCACAA